GAAGAACAGCGUGUUUUCAAUCCGCGUUUUUGUGUAAAAAUUGUAAAAUCUUCAUUUAUUCGCUAUUUUUAAUCGUCUUUAACAAGAUUAUAGUAAUUAGAAGGUGUUUCAACCUUUGACAUUAUAAUGGAUUCCGAUUUGUACGAUGAGUUCGGCAACUAUAUUGGCCCCGAUUUAGACAGCGAUGAAGAUGAUGACCAAAGUAUCUAUGGCCAACCCGAUGUCCAGGAUGAUCCUGAGGACCCCAUGGAUGAGGACGAAGCGGAGCCGCAGGAGGACGAGGACAAGGAGGUGACCGCCGUGGUGCUGCACGAGGACAAACGCUAUUAUCCCUCAGCCGUUGAGGUUUACGGGCCGGAUGUGGAGACCAUUGUCCAGGAGGAGGACGCCCAGCCGCUGGACAAGCCGCUCAUCGAGCCGGUAAAGAAGCUCAAGUUCCAGAUCAAGGAACAGGACAUGCAGGAGACCACCUACGACAUGGAGUUCAUGGCCGAUCUGAUGGACACACCGCCGCUGAUCCGCAACGUGGCCUUGGUUGGCCACCUGCACCACGGCAAGACCACCUUCGUCGACUGCCUCAUCCGGCAGACGCAUCCGCAGUUCGAGAACAUGGAGGAGCGCCAGCUGCGCUACACGGACACUCUGUUCACGGAGCAGGAGCGCGGCUGCAGCAUCAAGGCCACGCCGGUGACUUUGGUCCUGCAGGAUGUCAAGCAAAAGAGUUAUCUGCUCAACAUCUUCGACACCCCGGGCCAUGUUAACUUCUCGGACGAGGCCACCGCCGCCAUGCGAAUGUGCGACGGUGUGGUUCUGUUCAUUGAUGCCGCCGAGGGCGUCAUGCUGAACACGGAGCGGCUGCUCAAACACGCGGUGCAAGAGCGCCAGGCCAUCACCGUGUGCAUCAACAAGAUUGAUCGGCUCAUUCUGGAGCUGAAGCUGCCGCCCCAGGAUGCCUACUUCAAGCUGAAACACAUUGUGGAGGAGGUCAAUGGGUUGCUGAGCACCUAUGGCGCUGCAGAUGAUAAUCUGUUAGUUUCGCCUAUUCUGGGCAACGUAUGCUUUGCCAGUUCUUUGUACGGCUUCUGUUUCACCCUGAAAUCCUUUGCCAAGCUCUAUGCGGACACAUAUGAAGGAGUGGCGUACCUGGACUUUGCCAAACGCCUCUGGGGCGACAUGUACUUCAAUAGCAAAACGCGUAAGUUCUCCAAGAAGCAGCCGCAUAACUCGGCACAGCGCAGCUUUGUGGAGUUCAUCCUGGAGCCCAUGUACAAGCUGAUUGCGCAGGUGGUGGGCGAUGUGGACACCACCUUGUCGGACACCUUGGCCGAGCUGAACGUUCGCGUUUCCAAGGAGGAGAUGAAGUCCAAUAUACGACCCCUGCUGCGCCUCGUGUGCAAUCGUUUCAUGGGCGAUUGCAGCGGUUUUGUGGACAUGUGCGUGGAGCACAUCAAAUCACCCCUGGAAAACGCAAAACGAAAGGUGGAUCAUAUUUACACUGGACCAAAAGAGGGUGACAUCUAUCGGGAUAUGAUAUCGUGCAAUCAGUAUGGCACCCUAAUGGUACACAGCUCCAAGAUGUAUCCCAACGAUGACUGCACCUUCUUUCAAGUGCUGGCUAGGAUUGUAUCUGGUACUUUGCAUGCUGGUCAGGAGGUGCGUGUCCUUGGCGAGAACUACACGCUGCAGGAUGAAGAGGACUCUCGCAUACUGCAAGUGGGUCGCCUGUGGGUCUUCGAGUCUCGCUACAAAGUGGAGCUAAAUCGAGUUCCCGCAGGAAAUUGGGUGCUCAUUGAAGGCAUCGAUCAGUGCAUUGUCAAGACCUCCACCAUUGUGGAUAUUAAUGUCCCAGAGGACCUUUACAUAUUCCGGCCACUCAAGUUCAACACCCAGAGCAUUAUUAAGAUUGCCGUGGAGCCUGUGAAUCCCUCCGAGCUGCCCAAAAUGCUGGAUGGUCUGCGCAAGGUGAACAAGUCGUAUCCACUGCUCUCCACGCGCGUAGAGGAGUCGGGUGAACAUGUCAUCUUGGGCACUGGCGAACUGUACUUGGACUGUGUGAUGCACGACCUGCGUAAGAUGUACUCGGAGAUUGACAUUAAAGUGGCGGAUCCUGUGGUCGCUUUCUGCGAAACAGUUGUCGAAACAAGUUCUCUGAAAUGUUUUGCCGAAACCCCAAACAAAAAGAACAAAAUAACCAUGAUAUCGGAGCCACUGGAGAAGGGCUUGGCCGAGGACAUUGAAAACGGAACUGUUUGCAUAAACUGGAACAAGAAGCGUAUCGGAGAGUUCUUCCAGGUCAACUACGAUUGGGAUUUGCUGGCGGCGCGUUCCAUUUGGGCCUUUGGUCCCGACUCAACGGGUCCGAACAUCCUGGUGGACGACACCCUGCCCUCGGAAGUGGACAAGAACCUGUUGACGGCCGUGAAGGAUUCGAUUGUGCAGGGCUUUCAGUGGGGCACACGGGAAGGUCCACUGUGCGAGGAGCCCAUUCGGAAUGUCAAGUUCAAGAUACUCGAUGGAGUUAUUGCCAAUGAGGCGUUGCAUCGCGGUGGCGGCCAGAUUAUUCCCACAGCCCGAAGAGUGGCCUACUCUGCAUUUCUGAUGGCCACGCCGCGUUUGAUGGAACCCUAUCUGUUUGUGGAGGUCCAGGCGCCUGCCGAUUGCGUUUCCGCAGUUUACACUGUGCUGGCCAGACGCAGAGGACAUGUAACGCAAGAUGCCCCCGUUUCCGGUUCCCCCAUCUACACGAUCAAAGCCUUUAUACCCGCCAUUGAUUCCUUUGGAUUUGAGACAGAUCUGCGCACGCACACUCAGGGUCAAGCCUUCUGUUUGUCGGUCUUCCAUCACUGGCAAAUCGUGCCUGGCGAUCCCCUGGACAAGAGCAUAAUUAUACGGCCGCUGGAGCCGCAGCAGGCGUCGCAUUUGGCGCGAGAGUUUAUGAUCAAGACGCGUCGCCGAAAGGGACUUUCCGAGGAUGUGUCCAUCAACAAAUUCUUCGACGAUCCCAUGUUGCUGGAAUUGGCGCGCCAGGAUGUGCUGGUCAACUAUCCCCUUUAGGCUUCAGAAUUCUUCAGUUAACCCAAUAAAACUCUUAGACAUACUUUUGGAAUUUCAAUUUCAUACUUUA